GCUUGGUCAACUAUUUUUAUGAUUCUUAUUUUAGGAAUUAAUUUAGUAGGCGUUAGAUUAUAUGGUGAACUUGAAUAUUGGUUUGCUCUUUUAAAGAUCUUGAUUGUACUUGUAUUUGUUAUUAUUGGAAUCUGUGUGACUACAGGUGGUCUUGGUGGAGAGACGAUUGGCUUCAAAUAUUGGUCUAAUCCAGGAGCAUUUGCCAACGGUGGCAUUGGUACUGUUAAUGUUUUGCUUUCUGCUGGUUUCUCUUUUAUGGGUACAGAAAUUGUUGGCAUCACAGCUGCUGAAGCCAAGAACCCUACCAAGACAGUUCCUCGUGCCAUUCGUAAUACCUUUUGGCGUAUUCUUUUCUUUUAUAUUGUAACUAUCUUUUUGUUGGGCAUGUGUCUUCCUUUUACAAAUCCUAAUCUGGCCAAUACCGAUAACAGUUCAGCCACCGCCUCUUUUACUCUUGUUUUCCUUAAGGCUGGUAUUUAUGUAGGUGCCGAUAUUAUUAAUGUCGUUGUCUUGGUAAGUGUCUUGUCUGCUGCCAAUUCUUCUCUUUAUACAUGUUCACGUACUCUCUUGGGUCUCGCUAAAGAUGGGAAUGCGCCUCGCUUCAUGUCUAAAUUGAAUCGUUAUGGUGCCCCUUAUUGGGCUGUCAUUUGCUCUUCUGUCAUUGGCUUUUCUUGUGUCUUUGUUUCUAUUUAUAGUGCCUCUGCUGCCUUUAUUUGGUUUUUGAGUAUUACAGCCAUUAGCGGUUUUAUUAGUUGGUGGGGUAUCGCUGUUGUUCAUGUGCGCUUCAGACGUGCCUUUAAGACUCAACAACGUAAUCUAGAUGAUUUACCUUACAAAGCAUUUGCUCAUCCUUUUUCUGCUAUUACUGCUAUUGUAUUAACUACCUUUAUUACUUUUGGUCAAGGUUAUACUUCUUUUACUCCUACAUUUAACGCUCUUACUUUUGUUAAAAGUUAUAUUGGUCUUGUUCCGGUUAUUGUUUGGUAUGUGAGUCAUAAGCUUAUUAAAAAGACCAAAGUAGUUCCUUUAGAGGAAGUUGACUUUGAAACAGGUCGUGUUACUCGUAUUGAUAUAGAAAAGGAUAAUGAAGAAGAUAAAAACUAUACUUGGUAUCAAAAGAUAAUAUCUUGGAUUGCAUAAAAGAGAAAAAAAAAAGGAAUGAAUGAUCAGUUUUAUAAUUGACAAAUGAAGAAUAUAUUUACUUUUUUUUUUAUUAUUGUUAUUAUUAUUGUUAUUAUUUAGAGAAAGAUAAUAGAGGGUUUAGUAUUGUCUUCACCCCCUCCUUUUAUUAUUAUUAUUAUUAUUAUUAUUCGUAUAUUUCCCACUUAGAUAAUUGCUCUUUUUUUACACUGUAUCAUCACUAUAAAAUUAAAG